AUGGAGGUUCCUCUGGUAAACUUUGAGAACCUGGACGAUAUUGGAAUUAACCUUGGAGACCCAAGUGACUCAGGAUAUCCAGCUUCACCCACUUCAGAGACACCAGACCAGAACCAGCUGACCCAUGGUCUAGAUUCACCAACACAUUCACCACAAAGAUAUAGGAGACCUGGAAACACAACUACCUCUCCCACAACACUCACUAAGAAAGGGACCUCAAGUUGCAACAGUCUCAUCUCUAACUGGAAGGUACUUAUGAACAGUGAAGGCAGUCCCUGUGAGGCCCUCCUAGGCAAGGUGGCUAAAGACUGUUGUGAUGACUUGUUUGCAGAAAAACAGAACCUUGAAGAGGGUGACCAAAGAGUAGUCAUCAAUGUCUCAGGAAUGAUGUAUGAGACAACACUUAAAACCCUGAACCAGUUCCCUGAUACUCUGCUUGGGGAUCCUAAGAGGAGGAUUGACUAUUUUGACCCCAUGAAGAAUGAAUAUUUUUUUGACCGCAAUCGCCCAAGCUUUGAUGGAAUCCUGUACUUCUAUCAGUCUGGUGGUAAGAUCCGCAGACCAGCAAAUGUGCCGUUGGAUGUUUUUGCUGAUGAGAUUGUCUUCUACAGACUGGGCCAUGAAGUGAUGGAACAGUUCAGGGAAGAUGAAGGGUUCAUCAAAGACCCUGAACCUGAGUUGCCGAAAAGUGAGCUUUACCGCCAGUUUUGGCUCUUAUUUGAGUACCCAGAGAGCUCUAGUGCUGCCAGAUCUGUGGCCGUCGUGUCUGUUCUUGUCAUUACUAUUUCCAUUUGCAUUUUCUGUCUAGAGACUCUCCCUGAGUUCCGUGAUGAUCAUGAAUUCCCCCAUAAAGUAGUUAACUUAACCCGUGAUGCUAAUGGAACACUUAUGUCCCCAAGCCCUUCUCCCAAAACCCUGGAAUCUACCUUUACAGAUCCCUUUUUUGUGGUAGAAACUAUAUGUAUAAUUUGGUUCUGCUUUGAGCUAGGAGUGCGCUUUGUUGUGUGCCCCAGCAAGAGUGAGUUUUUCAGCAACAUCAUGAAUGUAAUUGAUAUUGUUUCCAUCAUGCCGUAUUUCAUCACUGUAAUCACAGAGCUCAUGGCCACUCACGACGCAGCGGCUAAUCAGAACAUGUCUCUAGCCACAUUACGUGUCAUCAGACUGGUGAGAGUAUUCAGGAUCUUCAAACUCUCUCGUCAUUCCAAGGGGCUACAAAUUUUGGGGCAGACCCUAAAGGCCAGUAUGAGGGAACUUGGCUUACUCAUCUUUUUUCUUUUCAUUGGAGUCAUACUUUUCUCCAGUGCCAUUUAUUUUGCUGAGGUUGAUGAACCCGAAACACAAUUUGUGAGCAUCCCAGAGGGGUUUUGGUGGGCUGUUGUCACUAUGACAACAGUUGGCUAUGGUGACAUGUGCCCAGUCACCUUGGGGGGAAAAAUGGUGGGAAUCCUCUGUGCCAUCGCUGGAGUGCUGACAAUUGCUCUGCCUGUUCCUGUCAUUGUUUCUAAUUUCAACUAUUUCUACCAUCGUGAAACAGAGCAGGCAGAGAAGCAAGUGAUGGAGGCAGCUGCAGAGGCUGCUGCAAAUCAGAAAACUGAUGAUAAAUAUGAUAGUAACUAUUCUUUGGACAAGAGCAAUGGGAACUGGCAGACUGAAAAAAAUGGCAUUCCUUGAAACAUGCACCGCUGCUAAAAACCAGCACUUCUAGCAAUAAGAAAAACUGAACAACAAGGCACUUAGAAAACAUCAUUUUCAAUUAACAAUUAUGUACUCGAUGUAAUACAUAAAUAAACAGUACUUUUGUUGCAAGUGCAGACUUAUCAAGAAACUUAGGAAAUGUUGCAGAGCUGGCCAAAGGCUGCUAAAAGAAUUAUGGCUGUGCUUUGCCUUAAAAACUCUUCAGUCAAUCAGUCAAUCUGCCUAGUAAACAGCCAGUGGGGCAAUUACAAAGGCUGAUUAAGGACAUUUUACCUUUAAUGCAGCUUAUAAGCAAUAUAAAUUAAUUAGCACUUAACUAAAAAAAAGUCAAAAAUGUAAAUAUGCUAACAUUUUUAAGCAAUCUGGCUACACUGAGGUCAAAACAAGCUACAAAAUUAUUAGAAAUUAGGGGCCUGUUUGUUUGCCUUCACUUGAUGAUUUUGUACUCUUCGCCUGCUCUAAUAGCUGCACUUUGCUGAACACAUUGUUCCUUUACAUUCAUGCUGACAUAACG